AUGGGUUUAUUUGGCGCAUUAGCAGGAGUUGCAUCCAGAUUUUUGCCCGCAGUGGGAACAAUAGCCAGAGGUGUAUUUGGAGUUGGAAGGAAGAUUUUGAGUACAUUAGGUAUACUUAAAGAGAAAGCACAACCUAUUAUACAAACUGUACAGAAAGGUUGGGAUGUAGCACGAGAUGCAGCAAAUCUUAUUCCAAAUCCUGAAACAAGAGGAAAAGUUCAAGGAUGG